AUGCCUGGCUUGGACCUGGAACCGGCGGUCAUCGACGACACGCGCAUCUUGGGCCAAGACCCCUUGAUCCCCCCCCAAUUGCUCAUCUCUGAGAUUCCAAUCACCAACAUCUCACUGAAGACAGUUGUCCAAGGUCGCAAAGAUGCAAUGGAGAUCAUCAUGGGGCGAUCUAACCGCCUUCUCGUCAUCUGCGGCCCUUGCUCCCUCCACGAUCCUGUUACAGCCCUCGAGUACGCUUCUCGAUUAAAGAAGCUUUCCGACAAGCUCUCAGACGAUCUUUGCGUUAUAAUGCGUGCCUAUCUCGAAAAACCCCGUACGACCGUCGGCUGGAAGGGAUUGAUCAAUGACCCAGACAUCAAUGAGUCUUUCAAGAUCAACAAAGGUCUGCGGAUCAGCCGGCAGCUUUUCUGUGACCUCACGAGCAUGGGGAUGCCAAUUGCUAGCGAGAUGUUGGAUACAAUCUCUCCACAGUUCCUGGCAGACCUCCUCUCGCUCGGAGCCAUUGGCGCAAGAACAACUGAGUCACAGCUGCAUCGCGAAUUGGCCUCCGGUCUCUCUUUCCCUGUAGGAUUCAAGAACGGUACUGACGGAAGCCUGACUGUUGCAAUUGAUGCUAUUGGUGCCGCUGCUGCAAAGCACUCCUUCAUGGGUGUUACGAAGCAAGGCCUCGCCGCCAUUACAAGAACUAGUGGGAAUGAACACGGCUUCGUCAUUCUUCGUGGUGGUACCAAAGGCACAAACUACGAUGCAGAAAGCAUAAAAAUGGUCAAGGAGACGUUGGCUAAGAAAGGACAGAAGCAAGCUAUCAUGGUUGACUGCUCGCAUGGUAACUCGAACAAGGACCACCGCAACCAGCCCAAAGUCGCCAAGGCGGUCGGUGAUCAACUACGCGCGGGCGAAUCUUCCAUCAUCGGUGUCAUGAUCGAGUCGAAUAUCAACGAAGGCAACCAGAAGGUUCCAGCUGAAGGACCAUCAGGCUUGAAGAAGGGUGUCAGUAUCACCGAUGCAUGCAUCAAUUGGGAGAGCACCGUCGAGGUCUUGGAGGGCCUGGCAGAAGCUGUUCGUGAGCGACGCAAGCAUUCAUAUAAUGGUCACGAGAGCAAACGAGUUAAGGUGUUGGAAGAAGGGUCUGCCGACAUGGUCAACUGA